AACACACAACACGAAACCAGCCACAAUGCCCACGGAACUCGAAGAGCUCGUGGAAUUCCUCCACCAUGGAAAUACUCAAAUCCGCCAGGUCGCCGCAGACCACCUAGUCGGAUACUCGCAAUCCCAUAGCACGCUCUUCAAGCGCAACCAGUUAGAGCCGAUCAAAGACCUCAAGCUCCUCGUCAAAGACUACGCGCCCAUCGCCAAGAACGCCCUCACCAUCCUCAUCAACACAUCCGGCCAUGACCAGGAAGUACUCAAGGCCCUGGCCGAGGACGAUGCAUUCCUGGAGGUGUUAUUAUCACGGAUAACGAACCCCAAAGAGCCCAACGCAAAUGAAAUCGCCAUGCUCCUGGCCAACCUGGCCAAACACGACUCGAUGCAGCGCAUCAUCGAGCUCAAGCGCGCUGCGGUCCCGAAACCCCUGUCCAACUCCCCCUACGCCAUCGACCAGCUGCUCGACUGCUUCGUCAAGGGCGCGGACGGCGCCUUGAACAAGCACGCCGACUUCGACUACCUGUCGUACUUCUUCGCCGAUCUCGCAAAGUUCCCCCAAGGACGCAUCUACCUCACGACCCCACAACCGCACGACUCGCUCAUCAUCCCCCUGACAAAACUCCAAGUCUUCACCUCUCACGCCUCCCACAUCCGCCGCCUCGGCGUAUCCUCGUGCAUCAAAAACUCCGCCUUCCACAUCCCCGCCCACCCGACUCUCCUCUCCAACCUGUCCCCAGAUCCCAACCUGCCCCUGCCUCCCCACACGGGCGCCAAUCUCCUCCCGUAUCUCUUGCUCCCGCUCAUGGGGCCCGAGGAGUACUCCGACGAGGAUACAGAGGGCAUGCUGGAUGAGUGCCAACUUUUGGAACCGGACAAGGAGCGCGAGAGGGAUGUCGAGAUUAUGAAGACGCAUCUUGAGACGCUGCUGCUGCUUAGUACGACGAGGGAAGGCCGCGAGGUGCUGCGGCGCGUCAAGGUAUAUCCCAUCAUAAGGGAAUGUCACUUGCAGGUCGAGGAUGAGGGGGUCAGGGAGGCGUGUGAUAGAUUGGUGCAGGUGCUUAUGCGAAAGGAAGAAGGUGAGGAGGACGGGGAUGAGGGACAGGAUGGCGGCGCAAGUAAAGGUGCGGGAAGACUUGUUGAGUUGAAGCAGGAUGGAGAAGAGGACGAGGAUGAGGAGGAGAGGAUUGUGGAUAUUGUGUAGUUGAAUUAAAAACGAUAAAAAGAUAAAAGAAGAGAUGAAUGUAUUGCGCUCGAGAGUGGUAUCGAACAAUCCAAAAAGUC